UCAAAACUCAAGGGUUGCCCCGGUCUUCGUUUCAAAGUUUAAAAUCCAUUUCUUUUUCUCGCUUCUGCUGAUUCGAUCCAAAAUUUAUUUUACUGUUUUUUUCAAAACAACUCAACAACCUCCAUUGCAGCUUCUAUCAAAAGUUCAUACCACAAAAAAAAAUCCAUUCUCUGAAAAUCGGAGCUCCCUCCGCUCCCUCUCUCUCUUUCUCUCGCGUGUGUGUCAUUUUUUUAUCCUUAUCUAUCAGAGAUUUGUUUUUAAUAGUUUAAAAUUUGAAAUAUUUGUUACUGUGCGGUUAUCCGAGGCGUGGGCUUUUUGAAAAAUUACGGGCUGGGAUUGACUUACGAUAGACGGAAGUUCUAUUCGGAACCCUAAUCGGAUCGAAAAGGUGAGACCAGAGAGAUGAAUGCAGUUGGUAGGCAGAUGCAGAGAUCUGGUACUUCGACCGUUCAUCACCAGCGUCAGUACUCGGACAAUUUCUUAGAUUCUUCGUCUAAUGGAAGAUGGCUUCAAUCUGCUGGUCUUCAGCAUCUUCAAUCGUCUAACGCGACUUUACCUGGUUUACAGGACUAUGGUUAUUAUGGCGGCGGCGGUGGAGGUGGAGGAGUUCAGGGGUCGAAGAUGUAUCGGAAUUUGCAGAGGAGUGUUACUGGAGUGAACGAGCUCUUCUCGGAGCCUUCGACUCCUCCUGUUAACUCGCGGUCAUCCAGCUUGAGGAAGAACGGCGAAGAUCAUGUGUCGCCAAGCGAGCUCAGCCCUGGGAUCUUGGAUCUGCAUUCCUUCGAUACUGAGCUACUUCCAGAUAUGCCAGUUCCUGGCCUAUAUGAUGGUUCUUCCCUUUACCAUUCUGUUCGUGGAAGAAGCUUUGAUGAUUCCGAGCCUUAUCUUUCCACCAACAAACAAACAACCAGAGCUCGUGGUUUGCCAGAGAACAAUCUACUUAAAAGCUUUACAGCUGAUAAGGAGAAGGCCUCUUCUGUUGCCAAGAUCAAAGUUGUGGUGCGCAAGAGGCCACUUAAUAAAAAGGAAAUGGCAAAGAAAGAGGAAGACAUAAUAACCAUAGAUUCGAGUUCCAACUCUCUUACAGUUCAUGAGACUAAACUCAAGGUUGAUCUUACCGAGUAUGUUGAGAAGCAUGAAUUUGUCUUUGAUGCAGUGUUGAACGAACAGGUUUCAAAUGAUGAAGUAUAUCGCGAGACAGUGGAACCCAUUGUUCCAAUUAUUUUCCAGCGAACAAAAGCAACUUGUUUUGCUUAUGGGCAAACAGGGAGUGGGAAAACUUAUACUAUGCAACCAUUGCCACUUAAGGCAUCCCAGGACAUAUUGAGAUUAAUGCACCAUACAUACCGGAACCAAGGUUUUCAGUUGUUUGUGAGUUUCUUUGAGAUAUAUGGUGGGAAACUUUUUGAUCUCCUUAAUGACCGGAGAAAGCUUUGUAUGAGAGAGGAUGGUAAGCAGCAAGUGUGCAUUGUGGGUUUGCAAGAAUACCGAGUAUCUAAUGUGGAGACAAUCAGGGAGUUUAUCGAGAAAGGAAAUGCUACUAGAAGUACAGGUACAACUGGUGCUAAUGAGGAGUCUUCCCGCUCGCAUGCCAUACUGCAACUUGCUAUCAAGAGGUCAGUCGAUGGAAGUGAAUCGAAGCCUGCCCGGGUGGUUGGCAAACUCUCCUUCAUAGAUCUUGCUGGAAGUGAGCGAGGUGCAGAUACCACUGAUAAUGACAAGCAGACAAGAAUGGAAGGUGCUGAGAUAAAUAAAAGUUUACUUGCAUUGAAGGAAUGCAUUCGAGCACUUGACAAUGACCAAGGGCAUAUUCCUUUCAGAGGGAGUAAACUGACGGAAGUUCUUCGAGAUUCUUUUGUUGGCGACUCACGAACUGUUAUGAUAUCUUGCAUUUCACCAAACUCAGGAUCAUGUGAACAUACCCUGAAUACAUUAAGAUAUGCUGACAGGGUUAAGAGCCUUUCAAAAGGGAACAACUCCAAAAAGGAUCCUUUGUCGUCAGCAUUAAACCCAAGAGAGUCAACUGCAUUGCCCUUAUCUUCAGUUCUACCGACGGUUACAACUUUUGAUAGUAAUGUCUCUGAUGUUCCCAAUGAAACCAACAGAUUUGGAUGGUCAAAACAGUUUGAAAAGGAAACUUCUCCUCCUUUCAACAUGGAUAGAGUACCUAGUGGGAGGGAGGAUUUUGAUUUCCCAAACGAUCAGAGAGGUGGUCGGGGUGGCACCCGUGCUGAAGAUUUUGAUUUGCCUGAUGAAUUCUAUGAGCAGGAGAAGCCAGUGCGAAAGAAGAAUGGAAAGAUGGAGAAGUACCAGAUCUCAACUGCCGAGGAUAAGGUCAGGAAUAGCGAUAGUCUGAUGAAAUGGAAGGAUAUUCCAGGUGUUGAUUCUAACAAUUCACAUUCCGAUGAUGAUCUGAAUGCUCUAUUAGAGGAAGAGGAAGAUCUUGUUGGCGCUCACCGGAGACAGGUGGAAGAGACAUUAGAUAUUGUUCGAGAGGAAAUGAAGCUCUUGGUGGAAGCAGAACAACCGGGAAAUCAGCUGGAUGAUUACAUCUCCAGAUUGAACACUAUUCUUACUCAGAAGGCUGCAGGAAUUUUGCAGUUGCAGACCCGCUUGGCUAAUUUCCAGAGGCGUCUGAAUGAAUACAAUGUGUUGGUGUCUUCUGGGAUCUGAUUUCAUACGGGGUGAUGAUUGGAGUCACUUCUUAUUAGGUUUGGCGUUUUGCAUCAUAUUAGUGCAGAAUAUACACAUUAUAUGGGGACUUGCCAGAAUGCCCCGUUGGUGGGUUUGGUGAUGCAGGUGCGCCACAUCUGCAGUCGCGAGUAGCCAUCUGUUGCUGUUGAAAUAUGGGGCUUCACUGCUCAGAUGAGUUGCUUGUUGGUGAUUUUCCUUGGACGAUAUGUGGUAUCAGGUUUUAUAGGUUGCAGUUUUAUGGAGUGAGAGGAUCUGGUUCUCUCUUUAAUUCUUUUUCUUUUUUGUGAGUUGUUGGGAACUAGUAUAUGGAUUUAUGCUGAUUGAAAUCUUCUUUGUAAAGAUCCUUGUCUGUAUAAUUGUUUGAUAAAGCAAAUAUUAUUAGCACUCUGAUAUUAAGCAAAUUUCUUUCUGGUUUGAGUCGGUA